GUGGGUUGUUGGCUGCCAUCUUGAACCUCGAUCGUUUGAGAAGCCGGCCGCCCGCAAAAAUCUUUGAGUUUCACGCGUUCGCGCGGCCUCACGUAUCUCGUAAGCAGGUUGCGUGGUUUCACGACGAAUUUCGAGAUCUGUUGCAGUCAAUCUGAUCAAGAUUCGUCUCCGGAAUGCUUUAGGUGUAUAUUUGUCCUCGCGCAUUUGUAACUGGGUGAGUGAAGGAUAUAAAUUAACUAGCUUUUGUAAUUUUUCGAUAGACAACAGUGAAAGAAUAGCAAUCAGCAAAAUAAAUAGUAGUAGCGAUAUAUCAGAAAAAAUGGCACUACCCAGUAGAGCGCGAGUCUACACAGAUGUGAAUUCACACAAAUCCAGAGAUUACUGGGACUAUGAAUCUUAUGUUGUCGAUUGGGGACAACAAGAUGAUUAUCAACUAGUAAGAAAAUUAGGCAGAGGAAAAUAUAGUGAAGUAUUUGAAGCCAUUAAUAUUACAAAUAAUGAAAAAUGUGUUGUAAAAAUUUUGAAGCCUGUAAAAAAGAAGAAAAUAAAAAGGGAGAUUAAAAUCUUAGAAAACCUCAAAGGUGGGACCAACAUAAUUACACUCCAAGCUGUUGUCAAAGAUCCUGUAUCUAGAACACCGGCACUGAUAUUUGAACAUGUGAACAACACAGAUUUCAAGCAAUUAUACCAGACGCUAACAGACUACGACAUAAGAUACUACCUCUACGAAUUAUUAAAAGCACUGGAUUAUUGUCAUAGUAUGGGAAUAAUGCAUAGGGACGUCAAACCGCACAAUGUUAUGAUAGAUCAUGAAAAUCGAAAAUUACGGUUAAUCGACUGGGGUCUAGCAGAGUUUUAUCAUCCAGGUCAAGAAUACAAUGUACGAGUAGCAUCGCGUUAUUUUAAAGGCCCAGAAUUACUUGUAGACUAUCAGAUGUAUGAUUAUUCAUUAGAUAUGUGGUCUCUUGGAUGCAUGCUCGCAAGUAUGAUAUUCAGGAAAGAACCGUUCUUUCACGGACACGAUAAUUACGACCAACUAGUGAGAAUUGCAAAAGUUCUCGGAACUGAGGAACUAUUUGAAUACCUUGAAAAGUACCACAUUGAAUUGGAUCCCCGUUUCAAUGAUAUUUUAGGUCGACAUUCACGUAAACGCUGGGAGCGUUUCAUGCAUUCGGAGAAUCAGCAUUUGGUGUCACACGAAAGCCUUGAUUUCCUUGAUAAACUUUUACGUUACGAUCAUUACGAAAGACUUACUGCACGCGAAGCUAUGGAACAUCCUUAUUUUUGUAUCGAUACUUCGCGCGAGGGGCUUAAUCCCAUUCCCAAGCGUGACUGUGAGCAGCGUAGCGGUUCAUGGAAUAAACCGACUGAAAAAUGUGAUGGGACAAGUUGGAAAUGGGACUCAGAAAACGAUGAAGUAUUCAUCACAUCCGUUUCAUCCUUAACACACGAUUUACAACUUUUGAUUAGUUACGUACUAAAAGCUGGACCUUCCAUUCCACCCAGACUUACAAAAUCGGCAAGAAAUGUAUUUUGUAUGACGGUGGACCACUCCUUAUGUAAAUGGCAAUUAUAUUUUGACGUGGUGUAUAAACUUCUAUAUUUUAGACAUUCCUUGUUUUUCACCCUGGCUAUUACUUGAAAGAAUUCAAGAAGCUUAAUGUAUCAGAAAUCUUAAAUGACUGGAAACGAGAAACAAACCAAGCGUUUCAAAACUGCUAUCAAUUCUGCUGUAUUUCAAAUGAAUCUAGAAACGGAAGAAAGUUUAGAAUAUUAAAAAUGAAGUCUAUGGAAGUACGUGCUCUGUCCAUAUUGGCCGGUGUGCAUGUGCGGUUAACAAUUGUAUGUUGCUUUUCUGUGUCUAAUUUUUUUUUUUUUUUUUCCUGGGUAAUCUGUCACUUUUGUUGUUUUCUUUU